AUGACACGCAAGAACAAUACCCUCUCCAGACGCCGCUCCAAACCGAGUUUGAAAGUAGCAACCGGCCAGAACGGCCAUGCGAACGGCGCCAUGAACAGCAACAUCGAAAUGCGCAAGCGCGACACUCCCUCCACCGAAUCCUCCACCGAACGAACCUCUCGCGUGAUGGCCAGUCCCCAAUUCUCCCUCGAUAAUGAACCCCCCGUCGUCCCGCAAACCCCCAUCAUGACCACUACCAGCUUCCAAAACCUCCCUCCGAGCGAUCAGCGCAACUUCCUCCUCCUCUGCGUCCUCUACUUCCUCCAGGGCGUGCCCAUGGGCCUGGCUACCGGCUCCGUACCCUUCCUCCUGAAACCAUACCUCUCCUACGGCCAAAUCGGUGUCUUCUCCCUCGCCUCUUAUCCAUACUCGCUGAAGCUCUUCUGGAGUCCCAUUGUUGAUGCCGUGUGGAGCCCGACGUUUGGCCGGCGCAAGAGCUGGAUUACCCCCGUCCAGGUGAUUGCCGGCCUGGCGAUGAUAUAUUUGGGCCGCCACAUUGGGGCGAUGAUGGAAGAGGCCGGAGCCAAUGGCGGGGCUGGAGUCUGGAAUUUCACUUAUUGGUGGUUCAUGCUGGUCUUAUUCUGCGCUACGCAGGAUAUUGCUGUCGACGGAUGGGCCAUUACCCUCAUGUCUCCACCCAACAUCUCCUACGCCUCGACCGCGCAAACCGUCGGCUUGACCGCAGGCCAUUUCCUCUCGUACACCGUCUUCCUCGCUUUCAACUCCAAGGACUUCGCCAACCGCUGGUUCCGAGAUGUCCCCGGCAAUGAAGGCCUUCUUUCGUUGGGUGGAUACCUGACCUUCUGGGGUUGGGCCUAUCUGAUUGUGACCCUCGGUCUGGCGUUCCUCAAAAAGGAGGAUCAUACCCGGGAGCGCGACACCAUUAUGGAUGUGUACAAGAGCAUGUGGAGCGUGCUGAAGCUACGGAAUAUCCAGACUAUCAUUGUUAUCCAUCUCAUCGCCAAGAUCGGCUUCCAGGCCAAUGACGGCGUGACUAGUCUGAAAUUGCUGGAUAAGGGUUUCGGCCAAGACAACAUGGCAUUGGUUGUCUUGAUUGACUUCCCAUUUGAGAUCAUGCUUGGCUACUAUGCCGGUAAAUGGUCCACUCAGUAUGGCGCCAUGCGGCUCUGGGGCUGGGCCUUCGUCGGCCGAUUGUCCGCCGCUGUGAUCGCCCAAUUCACCGUGAUGAUCUAUCCCAGCGGUCCAACGGUCCCAUUCUGGUACCUCAUGACCGUCAUCUUUGAACAUGUGAUUUCAACAUUUAUGAACACGGUCAUGUUCGUUGCCAUCUCAGCCUUCCACGCCCGUGUUGCUGACCCUGCGAUUGGUGGAACUUACAUGACCCUCCUCGCAACCGACCUGUCUUCCUCCCAGCACACCCCCGCCGCCGAUACGCUGAAGGGUGCGCUUGUUACCUCGCCAUUCUCUUGCGCCUUGGAGCCAGAGAAGAACCGCUGCAUCAACGGCGGCGGAAUCUGCGAGGUCGGUCGGGACGGCUACUACAUGACCAACAUGUUAUGUGUGCUGAUUGGCACGAUCACUUUUGUCAUGUUCAUCAAGCCGGCCGCCACUAAGCUCCAGAACCUGCCUCUCCGAGCGUGGCGGCUGAUGCCCAGUACGCAGCGGGAGUAG